AGAGAGAGCCAAAACCAGAGAGAGAGAGAGAGGGAAAUAGAGCUGAUAGCCACAAGGAAUCCAUAAUAACCUGCAACUUGAGCUGUGAAGGAGCUGCCUUGUUUUUCUAAUCUUCCAGAAGCUCUUAGUGGAAAUCUUUCAAGUGCAGCAUGGUGAAAAUAACCCGGAUAUUUCCCCACGACAUGGUCCAGAAGAAGUUUGAACAGACAACAACAGUGAUAUCCCGAGGUCCCCCUCACCGUGUUGCACCUGCACCCCUGGGCUCAAAUGUGUCAGGCCUCAAGAGCCAGGAGGACCUCACUGAAAGACCAGACUUGGUCCGGGGGAAGAAGGGCCUGUUCCAACAAGUGAAAACAUUUUUAUGCAGAGGUCACCGUGUUGAGCCCUUGAAGAUUAAAACCAUAAAAGUGGAGGAAGUCAUUCCCGUAAAUAAGUCAGAGGAGAAAGGGGAACCAUCAUGGGUAAAAAAUCUAAGUUUUGCGGUUCCUCCUCUGACUCUGGCAGUGCCUCGCUUAAUGCUACAACCCUGUCCACCUGUGUAUCUCCAUGACAUACAGGAAGGCACCAUAGCCUUUUCCAGUACCGCUCCCACGGGGAUCCUCCACCCUGCUUUGGGCAGAGAAAACAAGGAUUUGUAUCAGACCAUCCCCAAACUCUACAUGCAAAGCCCCCAAGAUGGAGGAUAUGGAGACAAAGGACCCUACUGGGGAUUCAUAAAAGGGUUGGCUUGUGGAGGAUUUUCCGAGGAAGUAAUUGAGUAGCUCAAUGAAAAUCAAAGGUAUAAUAAUAACCAUUACUAGGAUAAAAGGCCAGGAGUCUGAAGAGCCUUGGGAGAGAGAGUGAGAAAGAGAGCUCUGGUGGCUUCAAAGAACCCACCCUAACCUAGAAGUUGACCAGCUAAGGGGCUGCCUAGUUUUUCUCAUCUUCAAGAAGCUCUUAGUGGAAAUCUUUUAAAUUCAGCAUGAUGAAAAUAACCUGGAUGUUUCCCCACAGUGAGAAUCAAUUAAUCAACAAACUUGUGGUAAUACUUGUUCUUAUAUCAGUCACUGUAUUAAAUGAGGAAGAUACCUUCCAAAAAAAAAUUCUGAGGGCGGACCAAAAGUAUGUAACCUAGAAUAUGUCAGAUACAGAGUAUAGAAAAAUAAUGUCAAAAGUCACAAUGUUGAGGGGUGAGAAUAUCCCUAACAACGAUAGAGGUCCCCACACUGGUGUCGCAGGUUUUGUGAAAGAAUUCGAAGUCCCAAUCGCCAAGCGAGGUUUUUGGCAGAAAUGGGUUGGUUUUCACUGAGAAAUCUCAAUGGCCUAGUACCUGAUUAGGAAGAUAGUGAAGUUUGGGGAUACCAAGUCUUGCUUUUUAUUUAGCCUUUUAUGGCUUGGGCUGGGGAGUGAUUGAGGGGCUAAUUCUGACAUCAAUAAGGGUGGUGAUUGUGCCGCAGUCCAAGACCUCCAAAUGAAUUGUAGGUGAGGAUAAUUGUGGGAGUUUCUGCUGGGAAAUCCAGUAAGAGAGUGGGAAUGUUCCCCGAGAUGGGAGGGGUUGGGAUUCAGGGUUUUUCCGACCCAAGUGCACCCCUACCAAAGAUCAGGGGGACAUAGCCCUAUUAUAUCUAUAAUCCUAAUGGAACAAUGAGACUAUCAGAGCACUUUAGGAUAGAGAUGUAUAAGGUCACCAGUCAAAUAGCUCUGGGAAUAAAGAAGAGAAAACUUCGGAGGGAGGGGGGGAUGUUGUUGAGAUGGAUGAUAUGUGGGCUAAGCAAAGGGGAGAGUGGUAGAUGACUGAGCCUGCAAACCUGGCUGACAGAAAAGGGAAUUUCAUUAGAGGACAGAAGGUGGGGAACAAAAGAAAGUUUGUGAUUUGGACACAUUGAGAUUCAGGUGCAAAUUGGCUUUCUGGGUCAAAAUGUCCAACAGAUAUUAUGUGGAAUUGGGAAAGAGCUCAAAAGAGAGACUGAGGUAGUAUCAUUAUACCUGGGAGUGGUGGAUUAAGCUUUAUCUCUUUACAUAGGAGAAUGAUACUUGUAACUUUAGGACUUUCUUAAUAUUCUGACAGAAAGAGUAUACAUAGCUAGAUAGAAUGGGUGUGAGUGGAAUAUGAAGGGAUAAUCUCUUUUGAAAAAAGGUUGAAAAGGAGAUAGGAAUGUAUCAGGAAAAGGGAAAGGAAGAAGUGGAAAGGUGCAAAUCAUCUGCUCUAAGAAAAAGGCCAAGAUAAAGCUUUUCAGGUGGAGGGAGAGAGGAGGAGGAGAGGUUGAGUGAAAGAAUAUUAUUCUCAUCAAAACUGGCUCAAAUAGGAGAUACCAUAAAUACUCAAUAAGGGCAAUAGAAAUCUAUCUUAGCCUGCAGGAAAAUGGGAAUGGAAUGGAAUAUGAGAAGAGUGGGUAAUAAAAGCACUGGUCAUUUGGGGAGACUCAGUGGUCCGUAGCAAAACAUUUUUGGGGAGAGAUAGGGUGAAAGGAGAGAGAGAAUAAAUGUGGGAAAUACAAAAUUAGCUUUCAUAAUUGUAAAACUAAUUUUUGAAACAAGUUUUUCUGAUGGGAAUAGCAUUGUUCUCUGGGAAAAGAUGAGCAGAAUGCUCCCUGGGGAAAAGCAAAAGCUGGAACGUCCUCCAAGAAAAAAAGUGAAAUAUACCUUAUGUGAAAUGAUAGCAAUGUUCUGGAGUGACCAGUUGUAAAUGAUUUUGUUGUUCUCAGUAACAUAAUUAUCCACAACUAAUCUGAAGGACAUAGGAUAAAAAAUUCUAUCCAUUCACAGAGAAGGAAUGAUUGUCUGUGUACUUAUCAAAGCAUUUUUCUAUUUCCUUAUCUAUUUUUAUCUUUAUUUCUCUUGAGGCUUUUUAUUUUCAUUGGGGUGGGAGAUCUAUGUUUUUUCACAACUUUUACAGAAAUGUUUUGGAUAAUUUCAAAUUUGGUUUCUUAAUUG